UACUCAGAAUGAAAUAAAUACAAAUUCCUUGUCAGCUUAUUAAAUUGCAAGGGGAAUAAAAAUGCUAGAUCUUAACUGUAACCAUUACGUUAGACAUAUGGAGUGCAAUACAUAAUAAUUCUGAUUUUAUUUCAGGUGCAUACUUGACCAGUUUGUUGCUAAGGUUACCAAUGACGCCGAUAACGCUAUGGUGCCGCGAUCGUUAACUUGUGUUUGUUUCUCGUAAUUGUGCAAAGUAUAGUUGUGUAGUAUUUCCUGAAAUCAACGCAACUUUGACAUCCUGCGAACUAUCAUAAAUCGUCAGCUUUACUAUACGACAUGACUUUGCUACUGCAUACAUAUUUAUUAAACAGUCAUAUUUCUUGGAGAGCACACAUGUACAGGCUAAGAUUAAGAGUUCAUAAUUGAUGAUUACUGUGCUGGAUUUGAGGUUCUCAUUAUCUGUGACUAUGAAUGGGAUGUAAUAUAGUAAGUAAUCUGUCACUAUGCACACUGAUGUUGGAGAUAUAAAGAUUGAACUGUUUUGUGAAUACUGCCCUAAAGCUUGUGAGAAUUUUCUUGCACUAUGUGCGAGUGACUACUAUAAUGGCUGCCUUUUUCAUCGGAACAUAAAAGGCUUCAUUGUUCAAACUGGAGACCCAACACAUACGGGGAAGGGUGGAAAUUCUGUGUGGGGCCGGAAAUUUGAAGAUGAAUUCAAAGAAGAUUUAAAGCAUAAUGUACGGGGUGUGGUUUCAAUGGCAAACAAUGGACCAAACACUAAUGCCAGUCAGUUCUUCAUAACAUAUUCACCCCAACCUCACUUGGAUCUUAAAUACACAGUAUUUGGAAAGGUGAUUGAUGGCUUUGAUACACUGGACGAGCUGGAGAAACUUCCAGUCAACCCAAAGAACUACAAGCCAUUAACCGAUACUCGAAUUAACAGCAUCACAAUACAUGCAAACCCUCUGGCUGCAUGAUUACAAAUAAUUGCUUGAAUGGAGAGAUGAUAUUUGUGUACACCUUCACCUGGUUUUACCCUGAAGGAUUAACAUCAGGCAGAUCAGAAAGUAAAGACAUUUAUCACAGCCUGCAGAAACACAUAUCAAGUGGACAGAAGGAUGUCACAAGAUGUUUUUAUGAACUUUCUGAAUGAAGAGCUAAUAUAUCAGUGAGGAAGGUGGGGAUGAUAGGAAAGAAUAAUUUGAAAACUGGAAGUUAAUGCAGAUUUAUUUUGCUGAAUAUGUUUUUUAAAGUAGUAAUGAGCAUUUGGAAAAAAAAUAAAUGCUAUGUAAAAUGUUCAAUGUAUGUGACUUUCCCUCUCCAACUUCAUGCAUAUAAUCUUAAAAACCUGACACACAACUGUUUCAUAACUGAAUUUGAAAAUGCAUAUAUCAUGUUCAGAAAAGCCCACCUUUGGGCCACAUCCUUUCAAUUUACUACUCUAAUAUCUGUUUUAAUACCAUUACCAUUCCUUAUAUCUCCCAAGUGGACUCUUCUCUUCAAGACGAAUUUGAGGUUCUCAUAGCAGUGAUUACAAAGUGCAAUGCCAUGUAGUCCAGUCCACUGAAAUCUUGGAAGGAGCAUACUAUCUCUGUCUUCAGAGUCAAAGAGUAAGCCAGGCAAGGAAUUAGCAAGAAGCAGUCACUGAUUAGGGGAUUUCUACCAAUCCCAGAUGAUAAUAAUUUUUCUUCUCUUAAUGUGUUCCAACCAAACUGUUAUAUUCAUUUCUCUUAACUCUUACCUGAUACAUGUUCUGCCUGCUGAUCCCAUUUGAUUUAAUCAACCUAGUAAUAUUACUGCAAUAAAAAUCUGCAUAUUUUUUAAGAGUUA